AGACGUACAGCCAGAAGACCACACAAGCAAAUCAACUCACCUCAGGACAAAAUCAAACACGUCCCCACUUGGAACAGUGAUUAUUUCGUGGAUUGUGAUUCUGAAACUUUUUCAGGACAUUGUGAAUCUGAAGUGAAAGUCCAAGAUCUUAGAACCCUCCAAAAAGGAUUGUAAUUUCUUUUUCCCGCUCUUUUUUUGUCCUCCUCUUGAAAGGGGGAGGCAAAACCGUGGCGUCUGCAGGAAUGAAGUACAGCUACCAGUACCCGGUGUCGCAGUACACACGCCCGCAUUACACCAGCAGCACACAAUACACACCGUCACACUACUCCAGCAGCUCGUACUCGCCUAGUUACUACAGCUCCUCAAAGUAUAGCCCUACUACAUUGCACACUAGAAAAUACUACACACCGCCAGCCUACACUCCUGCCUACAAGCCCACAUACACCUCCGUCUGUAGCAAAACAUCCCGCCCGAGCAGCUCACCCCGGACUGCAGUACAAAUUACUCCUUCUGUGACCCUCAAACCCGCCCGGGCCGUGCGCUUCACAAACGAUGUGGUUUUCCAGGAUUUAGUCCGGCACAGUGAACUGGAGCAGAUCGGGAGGUUUAUGAGGGCCAGGAAAGUGCGUCUGGAUACCAUCUUCCAUUCUGGAAUGGCAGCGCUUCAUGAAGCCGUGCUCUCGGGAAGCCUGGAGUGUGUGAAGCUCCUGAUAAAAUACGGCGCCGAUGUUCAUCAGAGAGACGAAAACGGCUGGACACCACUGCAUAUGGCCUGCAGCGACGGAUACCCCGAGAUCGCAAAAUAUCUGCUGUCUCUGGGUGCCAGUGUGGAGGCAGAAAAUGAAAACGGUGAAAAGCCAGCAGACCUCAUCGACCCGGACUGCAAAGAGCUGCUCAAACUCUUUGAAACCGGCUGUGUCUGAGCACCGACCCGCACAAAAACAGGACAAAGCAAGCUUUCAGAAGACCAUCCCAUCUUCACAUUUAGUGUGGUUAAACUCUCUCUCUCUCCUGAAUAUUCUUUAUUUUUCUUGUUUUUUUUAUUUUUUGGCUGCUCUACGUGACUUUAUUAUUAUACAGUGCAGAGGAUCAAUAUAUUAUUAUUGUUAUUGCUUUUGGCGUCUACGAGAAAACACGGUUUAUAUCUGUAAACUAAUCGUAAGUGAAACGUGAGGAUAAAUGAACGAUGGGACUUUGGGGGAUUGAAUGAUGAAGUGUAAGUGGACUCGGAAGGUUUGAGGUGAGGAAAAAAAA